AUGGCUGAUUAUACUCAGUAUGGAGGCCCCAGUAAGGAAUGGCUUGCCAUUGCAGACAGCCUGCCGCAGGUCUCGCCAGACGCCCCCCGGAGUCAGCGGAGACGACUCCUCAAUGAGAUGCGCGAAAAGGCCGCCGCCGAGGGAAUGAAGAUACUCGGACCGCAGGUGAAGAUGCAUGACUACUCUAUCCCGACGUGCGACGGCUCCAGCAUCGAAGCAAGAAGCUACCGUCCUGUGAGUGUGGAUAGCAGCAAGGCCCUGCCCGUGUACUAUCACCUCCACGGCGGCGGGUGGUUCUUUGGCACACUGGCUUCAGAGGAUGCAACUUGUGCGCGCAUUGCUAUCAAUACACAGGUCGUGGUCUUCAAUGUGAACUACCGCCACACGCCCGAACACGUCUAUCCAACUGCGUGGGAGGAUGUCGAGGAUGCAUUCGAGUGGCUACACGAUCACAUUCAAGACAUUGGGGGCGAUGCCAAGCAGGUUGUCAUGGGUGGCGUCUCGGCCGGUGCACAACUUACGGCAUCCUUUGUGUUGGGAAAGCACCUGGGCAAGGUUUCCUCUGCUGAGCGCCCGUCGCCUGUGGGUCAGAUCUUGAUGAUCCCAAACUUGGUCAACAUGCAUUGCUAUGAGCCUCUGAAAGCCAAGCUCAAGAGCCCCUCGCUCUCAUCCUAUGAACAGAACAAGGAUGCCGCCAUCAUGCCCAUGCCAGUAGUUCAGUUCUUCAUGAAUCAACUGAAGAUCGAUGGCCCGCAGGCCGAUGAUCUAAGACUUAAUCCUAUACUUGCAUCUGAAGAUCAAGUCAAAGGACUUCCUCCAACCGUCUUUGGCAUCGCCGGCUGGGAUAUUCUUAGAGAUGAGGGGCUCUUCUGGGCUGAGACGCUUGCUACCCUCAGUGUUCCUACAGAUGUGCACCUCUUCCCGGGUCUCCCGCACGGUUUCCGCCGAGCAGGAGACAAGCUUGCUGCGUCGGAACGUUGGGACAAGGUCAUGGAGAAUGGAAUAACUUGGGCUCUAUCCAACCCUGCUGCUUCGGGCAAAUUCGACAUUCAGGUCGAAUGA